UAUUGUACUUAAAAUAACAGCUUGUGUGCUGCCAAGUUUUCAUUCACUAAUUUAAGAUUGCCGCGUCUGUUUAUUUCUGACAUGGUGGCGUUAGUUUUUGUUCUUAAUUGUGCGUUUGUGUUGUGUUUUGGCCAAGAAUUAAAGAUUGGUGGUCUCUUUGAAGAAGUCAACGAGAAUGCCAGGUUAGCCUUUCAACUUGCGGCUGAAAUAAUAAACGAAAGCAGUGACAGUGGAAGUAAAUUGCAUUCUCUUUGGGGAUACGUGCAGCACUUUAACACAUUAUCUGCAUCUCACACGUUCUGCUCUAUGCUCGAAGAAGGUCUGGUGGGCGUCAUUGGUCCCACGUCACCUUUCUUAUCACCGUAUGUUAAAUCCCUAUGUGAUGUCAAAGACAUCCCCUUAAUUCAAGUCCACUGGGAUCUUAACCAGAGCAAAAAUGACGCUUCCAUCAAUUUACAUCCAGAUCCAGCGGAAUUAAGCAGGAGCUUUGUCGAACUGAUUAAAGCUUGGAAUUGGGGCAGUUUUACUGUUAUUUAUGAGAAUAACGACAGUCUUCCGAAAAUUAGGAGCUUAUUAGAAAUAUACGACAGCAGUCAGUAUACCAUUACCUUGCGACAAUUACAUUCAAGUGGUGACCACCGAAAACUGUUCGUUGAACUGAAAAAGUCUGGAGAUAAGCAUUACGUGGUUGAUUGCUCCAUGAGCGCUUUGGGAGAUGUUUUACAGCAGGCACAACAAGUUGGAAUUAUGACUGACGAGUAUUACUUCUUCAUUCUUAACUUGGAUAUGUCAACAAUUGACUUAAACCCAUAUCAGUACGGUGGAGUAACCGUAACAGGCAUUCGACUCAUUAACCCAGAGGACACCAAAGUGAUUGAAUUUUCACGUAGGUUACAGCAGUUGAGAUUGGAUAGUGGUUUGAAGGCCGAGGCGUUUAAUCAUUUAGCGGCAUGGAAGCUCCAAACCGAAACUGCUUUGAUAUUAGACGCGGUAUAUCUAUUGCAUGAGACGUUAAUAGAGUUACACCUGACUGGGUUCGAUGCCGCUCCAGUGUUUUGUAAUUCAAGCGACAGUUGGAGGAAGGGAUCGAGUGUAAUUAAUUUCAUGAAAGCUAAAACACUCGCAGGUUUAACAGGAAAUAUAAAGUUUGACAUCGAAACUGGUGUAAGAAAAGAUUUUACUUUAGACGUAAUCGAGCUAACGCCAGGGGGGUUAAUUAAAAUUGGAGCUUGGAAUUCAGUGCUUGGAAUUGACUCCACCCAAACACCUCGAAAGGAAAUCUACGGUUUUACAGAUGGUAACCCCAUGAAAAAUAAAAGAUUUACGGUACUAACAACCUUGACUGAACCCUACGGAAUGCUUAAAAAUGUUAGCGCUACCCUCACUGGAAAUGACCGUUAUGAAGGUUUCGGGAUUGACGUAAUCCACGAACUGUCUAAAAAGCUGGAAUUCAAGUAUGAGAUCUUACUACAGGAGGACGGCCAGUAUGGAACCUUCAACGCGCGUACUAAGACUUGGAAUGGAAUGCUUGGAGAACUAAGAGCCGGCAGGGCCGAUUUCGCUAUCACAGAUUUAACAAUAACAUCUGAGCGAGAAAGCGCAGUAGACUUUACCAUGCCAUUUAUGAGUUUAGGAAUAAGUAUACUGUACAGAAAACCAGAACCUGCACCCCCUAGUCUGUUCACUUUUGCAUAUCCAUUUUCGGGUGAAGUUUGGGUUUUAAUGGCCGCGUCCUAUUUACUCGUUUCCAUAAGUUUCUUUAUUAUGGGAAGGUUGUGUCCAAGUGAAUGGACUAACCCAUACCCUUGCGUCGAGGAGCCUAGUUUCCUCAUUAAUCAGUUCAGCUUUCGUAACUCUUUGUGGUACACCGUUGGAAGUCUUAUGCAGCAGGGCACAGAGCUAGCCCCUUUAGCAAUUUCUACGCGGAUGGCAUCAGGGGUUUGGUACUUCUUCAUUCUGAUAAUGGUAUCCUCGUACACGGCCAAUCUAGCAGCGUUUUUAACAGUAGAGGAGCUAGUUACGCCAUUUGAAAACGUCGAAGAGUUAGUUGCACAAAAAGGGAUAAAAUAUGGAGCAAAAGCCAUUGGCGCCACAAGAAACUUUUUCAAAGACUCAAACUAUUCAGUCUACCCACAAAUACAAAAAUACAUGAACCAGCACCCUGAAGACAUGAUGGCAAACAACGAAGAUGGUGUUAGCAAAGCAGAAUUAGAAAAUUACGCAUUUUUCAUGGAGUCGACCAGUAUCGAAUAUUCCAUUGAAAGACAUUGUAAUUUAACACAAGUGGGUGGUGCACUGGACGAAAAGGGUUACGGUAUCGCAAUGAAAAAAGAUUCGGAAUAUAGACAUCUACUAAGCACGGCAAUCCUAGAGCUGCAAGAAUCUGGAAAACUGGCUCAGUUAAAAACGAAAUGGUGGAAAGAAAAGCGGGGAGGGGGAAGAUGCGAGAAAAGGCAACCGGUUGCAACUCCUCUAGAUUUGAAAAAUUUAGGGGGAGUGUUUUUUGUACUUGGAGUUGGCACAUUUCUAGGUAUCGUCUGUACAUUCAUUGAGCUAAGUGUCCAUACUUUUAAAAAGACGAAAUUAUCCAAUGUGUCCUUUAAAAGCAAGAUGAUGGACGAGCUGAAGUUCUUUUUUCAGUUUAGGAGAAUGAGGAAGCCCGUUGCAGAAUUUUGAAGCUUUGAAUACUUAUUGCCAUCAUUAUACAAUCUUAAUUUCAUUAAAUGUAGAAAAAGUU